AGCGCCGGCAGCCGAGGAGAGCAAGCCCGGCAGGUGGGGCGCGCCGCGAGGGAAGCAUGCUUUUCCGGUGUUCCUCUCGAUCCUGCGGGACAGCGGGCAGGGCGACCUCGCGGACAUGCUGACCGAGGAGUGCGAACGCCCGCCGGCACCGCCGCAGCCAGUGGACCUGAGACCUGUCGAGCUGGACUUACGUGGACACAAGCAUAAUCCAAGCGUGAACUUUCCUGAACGUUCGCCUGCCCCGGUCCACGCCAAGAGUGAAAUACCUCGAACGCCUCCCGCCCCAUCCCACGGUUCAGCUGUUGGCAAGGGGAACCGCAAUCCGGUUUACGAGCUGAAAGCGGACCCGUGCGGGCACUGCCUGAUCCUCAACAACGUCAACUUCCAUCGCGAAUCCAACCUGACAACUCGUCGGGGCUCCGACGUGGACUGCGCGAAGCUGGAGAAGCGCUUCACGGCCUUCCGCUUCCACGUCCUGACUCGGUCGGAUCUCACAGCUCAGGAAAUGGUCUCCGAGCUGCAGAAGCUGGCGCGGCGGGACCACAGCGCCUUGGACUGCUGCGUCGUGGUGAUCCUUUCCCACGGCUGUCAGAUGAGCCAUAUUCAGUUUCCUGGAGGCGUUUACGGAACGGAUGGAAAACCCAUUGCGAUAGAAAAGAUUGUGAACUAUUUCAAUGGGUCCCGUUGCCCGAGUUUGAGAGGAAAACCCAAACUCUUCUUCAUCCAGGCCUGUGGCGGAGAAGAAACAGAUCGCGGCUUUCCAGUGGAUUGCGAUUCACCCGGCGACGAAAUUCCUGGAGGUUCUAUAGAGUCGGAUGCGUGUCCUGGUCGGACUCUGGCGGGUAACGUGGACGAGCCGGACGCCGUAGCCAGUUUGCCCACACCCAGUGACAUCUUGGUCUCCUACUCGACUUUCCCAGGUUUUGUCUCCUGGAGGGCGGUGGCGAGCGGCUCGUGGUACGUGGAAACGCUGGACAGCGUGCUGGAGCAGUAUCCUCCGGCUCCUCAACCACUCUCUUUCUGUCGUCAGGUGGCGAACGCCGUCUCCGCCAAGGGGACGUACAAGCAGAUGCCGGGAUGCUUCAAUUUUCUCCGUAAACAAUUCUUCUUUGCCUGCAAAUGA